GGACUGCCCCCUUUUCCCCCUCAACCUCUCUCUGUGUCUCUCUUAACUUUUUCCUCCCUCCUCCUCUGUGUGUUUUUUUUAAAUGAUUUGGGGAGAAGCGGGGAGCAAAGCAUUCGGAGCUGGCGGUGCGGGCAGGAGCGUCACAUAGAGGAGCCUGAAGGGCAGCACACUGGGACUGAAGAGCACUGUAGAGGCUUGGGGUUUCUUUCUUUUUUUUUUUUUUUUUUGGAUCUGAUGCACAGACUGGAAGGCUAAAUAACAAGAGAGGCUGGAGGAAGGAUAAAGGACAUACAGAUUUAUAUUAGUCUCUUAAAAAAAUAUUGAAAUGCUGCAUUUACUCAUUUAAGACUGCACAAAGAGCAAAGCCAGAUUUAUUUUUGUAGAAACGCUGGCAAGACUUGAGGAGAAGCCAAAACCCUUUUCAGGACAGAUUUUUCUUCUUGGAGAGAAGCAGAUGGACACAUGCACAGUUUGAAUGAAAGGGUCUUCAUCUGGCAAUGCUUUUGAGGAACUCUGCACUGAGUUGUUGUCUGCUAUGUUCCUGGACGCUGAUGCAGGAAUAGGACACUUUUAUCCUCACUGAAUUCCCCUUGACAAGAGGGUCCGCAAUUAUUUUUUCUCCCCAAGUUCUUCUACAUUAGCGAUACUGAGCUGACUGUGACCAUGUUCUGUCUAAGGUACUCUUUAACGCCCUCAUGGACUUCUUGUCUUCUGGUCCUGUGCGUCCUGGACGUAUGGACCACAGCCUGGCCGUCUGCUCAGCAGUCCCCACCCCAGCUGCAGUCUCGCCGGUCCAGGCAGAUGUCGCCCCUGUCAUCCCCGUCGUCGGCUGGCAACCUGUCGGAGAGCGCCGAGAGCAAAGUGGAGCGGCUCGGCCAGGCGUUCAAGAGGAACGUCCGCGAGCUGCGCGAGAAAAGCUCCUGCCUGGACCUGGUCUUCCUGGUGGACGAGUCGUCGAGCGUGGGCGCCAACAACUUCCUGAGCGAGCUGAGGUUCGUCCGCAAGAUGCUGUCCGACUUCCCCGUCGCGCCGGAGGACACGCGGGUGGCACUGGUGACCUUCUCGUCCAAGACCCACGUAGUGACGAGGGUGGACCACAUCACAGCGCCCAAGUCCCACCAGCACAAGUGCUCCCUGUUCAACCAGGAGAUCCCAGCCAUCAACUACAGAGGGGGAGGCACCUACACCAAAGGAGCCUUCCAGCGGGCAGCGCAAAUCCUUCGUCACUCCCGCAGCAAUGCCACCAAGGCGAUCUUCCUCAUCACCGACGGCUACUCAAACGGCGGAGACCCUCGGCCAGUGGCGGCGGCCCUGAGGGAGCGCGGCGUUGAGAUCUUCACCCUGGGCAUCUGGCAGGGCAACAUCAGGGAGCUCCACGACAUGGCCUCGCACCCCAAGGACCAGCACUGCUACCUGGUGCACAACUUUGCCGAGUUCGAGGCCUUGGCUCGGCGCGCCCUGCACGAAGACCUCCCUUCAGGAAGCUACAUCCAGGAGGAUCUGUCCCGUUGCUCCUCUCUGUGCGAAGCCGGCGCGGAUUGCUGCGACCUGAUGGCCAGCUGCAAGUGCGGCACGCACACCGGGCAGUACGACUGCAUCUGCGAGAAGGGAUACUACGGCAAGGGUCUGCAGCACGAGUGCACAGCUUGUCCACCAGGCACCUAUAAGCCAGAGGGAACGCCAGGAGGCCUGAGCACCUGCCUGCUGUGCCCCGACACACACCACACCUCUCAGCCCGGCAGCACCUCCAUCGAUGACUGCGAAUGCAAGCCGGGCUAUCAGCCAGUGGGAAUGACCUGCCAGGUGGUAUACUGUCCAGCAUUGUCUCCGCCAGAAAAUGGCUUUUUCAUCCAAAAUGUAUGCAACAACCACUUCGACGCGGCCUGCGGCGUGCGAUGCCAGCCGGGUUUUGACCUCCAGGGAACCAACAUCAGACUGUGCCAGGCUGACGCCACCUGGUCGGGGACACCUGCCAGCUGCAGAGUGCGCUCCUGCCCGCCCCUGUCUCGGCCCCAGCACGGCUUCGUGAGGUGCAGCGAGGGCAACGCCUCCUACAGGGCGGAGUGUCAGGUGGGAUGCGACCGAGGCUACAGGUUAGAAGGAGACUCCAGACUCACCUGCCAGGCCAACUCCCAGUGGAGUGGACCCCAACCUCGGUGUGUGGAGGUGCGUUGCCCGCCGGUCGUGACCCCAAAGCACAUCCUGCUAUCGCCCCCUGCCUGCGGGAAGAGGGCCGUGUCCCCGGGCUUCAUUUGCCUCCUAACCUGUCGUCAAGGCUACGGUCUCCAGGGAAACAGGAAGGCGGUGUGCUUGGGCUCUGGGAACUGGACGGCAAACAUCCACAAGGCCGUCUGCACAGAUGCCGAGCCACCCAGGCUUCAGUGCCCCGCGGACAUUGUUGCAGAAACAGAUGAGCGCCGCGGCACCGCCAACGUCAGCUGGGACAUCCCAAAUGCAACAGAUAACUCUAAAGAAGAGGUGGCCGUGCAGGUGAAGCCAGUCUACAGUCCUCCCCAGCUGAUACCCAUCGGAAAGGAGACCAUCACCUACAUUGCGACCGACCGCUCCGGGAACCAGGCCAACUGCUCCUUUACAGUCACUGUCAUCGAUACGGAGCCUCCAGUCAUCGACAGGUGCAGGUCGCCGCCAGCAGUCCAGGCCACGAACACAGACACGGCAGUCGUUUGGGAAGUCCCGCAGUUUUCCGACAACUCAGGCGGUCGCCUCACAGUCACCAGCAGCCACAGUCCAGGCUCUCUGUUCCCAGUGGGGGAGACUUUGGUGCAGUACACCGCUACUGAUGCAGCAGGAAACAGCCGCACCUGUAACCUCACCGUUACUGUACAAGGAACGACUUGUGACCAACCGUACGUCCCAGUGAACGGAGAGUUCAUCUGUUACGAGGAAGAGGAGGGGGUCAACUGCACCCUCCACUGUAAAGACGGCUACAGCUUCACUCAGGACGCGGUGCACAACUACUUCUGCGCCUACAACGGCGUUUGGGAGCCGCCCUACUCUCCGGACAGGCCGGACUGCUCGGUGAACCGGGUCGCAAACAACGGCUUCAAGCCCUUCGAGAUGCUGUUUAAGGCGUCCCGCUGCGAUGACGUGGACCUGGUGAAGUCAUUCGCUGGCGAGUUCAACACCAAACUGGAAGGCAUGCUGCCGAACAUCUGCAGCAGCGAUGAUGUCACCUGCAAGCUGGAGGUCAUGUCUCAGGGUCACUGUCUGGAGUACAAUUACGACUAUGAGAACGGAUUUUCAAUCACGCCUGGGGGCUGGGGCAACAGUCCGCAGGGCACCCAGGAUUACGCCUACUUUGAGUCGGGCUUCGCCACGGGCGUCCGGCAGCUCCCCGGCCGGCAGCAAGCCGGCGGCAUGCAACCGCACCAGCGCACCAAGAGGCACAGGAGGAUCAGACGUCCCACCAGAGACCAGAAGAUCCAGAUCUUCUUCAACAUCACAGCAAGCAUCCCUCUGCCCCUGUCGAGGAACGACUCGGUGGAAGUGGCCAAUCAGAAGAGGCUCCUGCGCACCCUGGAGCAACUGACCAACCGGCUCAAGCGGACGCUGGCCAAGCAGCCGCUCUCCAGCUUCCACGUGUCCUCGCAGAUGAUCGUAGCAGAUCCCAAGUCUCUCGAGAGCAAGAGGGCCUCUCUGUUCUGCAGGCCCGGCUCGGUGCUCAAAGGCAGGAUGUGUGUCCUGUGUCCGGUGGGAACUUACUUUUCUCUGGAAUACAACGAGUGUGAGAGCUGCUGGUUGGGCUCCUACCAGGACCAGGAGGGUCAGCUGGAGUGUAAGUCCUGCCCUGAAGGGACCUCCACAGCCUACCUGCACUCCCGCAGCGUCACUGAGUGCAAAGGUCAGUGUAAACCCGGUAGCCACUCUCUCAACGGCCUGGAGAUCUGUGAGUCAUGCCCGCUGGGUCACUUCCAGCCCGGUUUCGGCGCCAGGGAGUGUCUGGUCUGUCCAGACGAGACUUCCACCGUAACCCGAGGAGCGGUGCACGACGACGAGUGUGGAGUGCCCUGUUCAGCAGGUCAUUUCUCCCGCACCGGCCUGGUUCCCUGCUACCCGUGUCCCAGAGAUUACUACCAGCCUGAACAUGGCCGCUCCUACUGCCUCUCCUGUCCCUUUUAUGGAACCACCACCGUCACCGGAGCAAACACCAUACAGCACUGCUCCAGUUUUGGCUCCAGCUUUCUUCCAAAGGAGGAAAGUGUAACUACUGCUCCGGAGGUGGAGGUCAUCGAGGACUACCAAGCCAGCAGUCAGGCUUUCCAUGAAUGCGUCCUGAAACCCUGUCAGAAUAAAGGAACGUGUGAGGAGGUGGGAGCAGGAUACGUCUGCACCUGCAUGCCUGGGUUCACAGGUGCCAAGUGUGAGAUUGACAUAAAUGAGUGCGACUCGGCUCCGUGCCAGAAUGGAGGCUUGUGUAAGGAUGGUAUGGGAGAUUUUCAGUGUCAGUGCAAGCCUGGAUUUUUAGGCUCCUUGUGUGAGGCAGAGGUAAAUGAAUGCAUCUCCUCCCCCUGUUUAAAUGAAGGGGUGUGUGUGGACGAGGUCAACAGGUUUGCCUGCAGCUGCGCCGCCGGCUUCACAGGUUCUCGCUGUGAGCUGGAGAUCGACGAGUGCCUGUCUGACCCCUGCUUGAAUGGAGGUGUGUGUGAGGACCAGACGGGCAGUUAUACCUGCAACUGUGCCGCUGGAUUCUCAGGAGAUCGCUGUGAGAUCAACAUUGACGAGUGUCAAAGCGCUCCCUGCCUGAACGGAGGCACUUGUCUGGAUGCAGUUAACAAUUUCAGGUGUCAGUGCGUGGUGGGCUACCGAGGCCGGCUGUGUGAGGUGGACGUGGACGAGUGCGACCCCAACCCCUGCGUGAACGGGGCGAGCUGCCUGGACGGCCUUGGCUCCUACACCUGCCGCUGCCUCCCUGGGUUCAACGGAACCAGGUGUGAGACAGAAAUGUCCUCUGCCUUCAACCUGGACUUUGAGGUGUCUGGUAUCCAUGGUUACGUCAUGAUGGAUGGAGUGAUGCCGGCUCUGACAGAAAUCACCUGCACCUUCUGGAUGAGGUCGUCGGACACAAUCAAUUACGGCACGCCUGUCUCCUACGCUGUGGAGGGCAGUGACAAUGCUUUCCUUCUCAUAGACUACAAUGGGUGGGUGUUGUAUGUGAAUGGUAAGGAGCGUAUUACUGACUGCCCUGCAGUGAACACGGGUCAGUGGUACCACAUCGGUGUGUCCUGGAGGAGCUGGGAUGGUGACUGGAGAAUCUACAUCAAUGGGAAGCCCUCAGAUGGAGGCAAAGGCCUGUCAGUCGGCACCACUAUCCCAGGUGGCGGGGCUCUAGUAUUAGGUCAGGACCAGGAUCAGAGAGGAGACGGCUUCAACCCAGUUGAAUCCUUCGUCGGUUCCCUCAGCCAGCUCAACAUCUGGGAUCGUGUCCUCACACCACAGCAGAUUAAGGUCCUGGCCAGCAGUUGUCCAGCCUCCCAUGUCACCCACAGAGGAAACGUUCUUGCCUGGCCUGAUUUUCUCAGUGGGGUGGUGGGAAGAGUCAAAGUAAACCUCAGCAGCAUCUUCUGCGCUGACUGCCCUAAGCUGGAGAACGCUGUGCCUCAUCUGCACGCUUCCUCCGUGGAGAUCAGCCCAGGCGCGCAGGUUCAGCUCUCCUGUGACCCCGGUUUCUACCUGGUGGGGGAGCCGGUGCUGCAGUGCCAAAAUAAAGGAGAGUGGAGCCACCCCUUGCCCAGCUGUGAACGAGUGUCCUGUGCAGAUCCUUAUCCCCUGGAGAACGGCUUGUUCCAGGGGACGGACUACCAUGCUGGCAGCUCUGUGGUCUAUCAGUGUAAUGUUGGGUUUUACCUGCUGGGAGAUGCCAAGAUGGGCUGUACCAACAGCGGCCAGUGGACAGGAAAUCCCCCAGCCUGUCUUGAUGUGGAUGAGUGUGCUUUGGGCUCUGACUGUGAUAGUCAUGCCAGCUGUCAGAACACAGACGGCUCCUAUACCUGCACCUGUGUUCACCCGUACAGUGGAGACGGCAAAAACUGCACAGAACCAGUAAAGUGUGGCAACCCUGGGUCUCCAGAGUUUGGUCACAGGGAAGGCAGCAAGUUCCUCAUGGGAAGCGUGGUCGUGUUUGGCUGCGAUGACGGCUACGAGCUGAUCGGGUCAUCUCGACUCCACUGCCUGGAGACAGGAAUGUGGGACGAUGCUGUCCCAUACUGCAGAGCUCUCUCCUGCCCGACACCAAAUGUUCCAGAGAACUCCAUCAUGAAGGGAACCAAUUUCACCUAUGGAAGCAAGGUGACUUUCAGCUGUAAGAGUGGAUUCCUGCCUCAAGUCCCCUACGAGUUCCAGUGUCUGGUUAGUCUGAGGUGGAGUGGGACGCCGCCCGUCUGUCAUCCAGUGACCUGCGGGGGUCCACCAACUGUAGAAAACGCCGACUACGACCUUGACACAAACACGUACCUGUCCACUGUCACAUACACCUGUGCUGAGGGGUACAGACCACAGGGCUCCACGGAAGUGGUGUGUGAAGCGACAGGCGAGUGGAGCAGACCGUUCCCGCGCUGCGUGAGCAUCCUGUGCAGCGAGCCUCCAGCCCUGAGAGAUGCGGUGACCAUAGGGGAGAACUAUGAACUGGGAAACAAGGUGCACUAUGUCUGCAAAGAAGGUUACACACUGAUCGGCCCAGAGACCAGAGAAUGUCUACCGACGGGCCAGUGGAGUGACAGCUCUGCACAGUGUGUCCCCCGCUCCUGCGGCCCCCCGCCUGCCAUCGACCAUGCCGAGCCCUAUGAGAGCCACCAGCUGUUCGGAGACACUGCCAACUACUACUGCACUGAUGGAUACACUGCCGGCAACAACUCCAAGAUGGUGUGCAAUGCUCAGGGUGUGUGGGCGCCCCCCGACGGCAUGGAGGCUCCCCGCUGCACUGCGAACUUCUGCCUACGCCCGCCGGACCUGCCUCAUGCGAUUUUGGAGUCCGUCAACAAGCCCAAGUAUGCUAGCAACACUGAAGUGAGCUAUAAAUGUGAAGAGGGCUUCAUGCUCAACACCACAGCCACGCUCCGAUGCCUGAUGGGGGGGGAGUGGGAGCCUUCGCCGUAUGAUAUUGGCUGCGUGCCUGUCAGGUGCUCCAAGCCUGUGAGCAUUGAUCGGGGCUAUGUGAGCGGAACAAACUAUAGCUUUGGAGCCAUGGUGGCGUACAGCUGCCAUAAAGGCUUCCUCAUCCGAGGGGAGAAGAGGAGGACCUGCAAGGCCAAUGGAGAGUGGGGAGGAGCCUUGCCUGUCUGUGUGCCUGUUUCCUGCCCCCCACUUCCACAACUCAAGAAUGGAAACAUCCGGGUUAGCCAUUCCAACGAGAACGUGCACAUUAAUCCUUCUUAUAAUAUACGAUAUCCCUAUAACAGCAACGUGGUAUACGCCUGUAAUGCAGGCUACAGACUCGUUGGUCACGCAGAGAGAUUUUGCCAAGCCAAUCGACAGUGGUCCAAUAAUGAUGUUCUCUCCUGUGUCCUUCUGACCUGUGACCCUCCUCCUGACAUUGCCCACGGACACUACAGGGGCUCGGAUUUUCAGGUGGGCCGCAAAGUGGAAUAUGUCUGUGAUGAAGGUUACGAGCUGGCUGGAGAUGCUAUCUGGACCUGUCUGAAGUACGGGCAGUGGGACAAGACAAGACGUCCACGCUGCUCACCGGUCCAGUGUCCAGAGCCGCCACUGGAGGAGAACCACCUCGUCCUGAAGGGCCUGGACUCCGAAUCUGGGACAGUGGAAUUAUCCUGCGAGGACGGCUUCGUCCUGGAAGGGGCUCGCAUCCUCCGCUGCACCCCGUCUCAGGAGUGGAACGACACCUUCCCAGUGUGUAAGCAAGUGUUUUGUGGUUCACCACCUCAGGUGUCGUUUGGUGGCCCUUCCUCAUCCUCGUCCCCAUUCCCCUUCAGCACUGUGGUGACCUACACUUGCAUGGAUGGCUUUACUUUAAGAAAAGAAGACACUGUGUCCUGUCUAGCGGGCGGGCAGUGGAGCAGUCCUUACCCAGAAUGCGUUCCAGUUGAAUGUCCUCAGCCUGUAGAGAUUUCCAAUGGAAUUGUUGAUGUUCAGGGUCUGAUGUACCUCAGCAAAGCACUUUAUAGUUGUAAGACUGGAUAUAAUUUAGUAGGUAACUCCACUGUCCUCUGUGGAGAGAAGGGACUCUGGAUCGGUGGAGUGCCUUCUUGUCGUCCAAUUGAAUGUUCAAUCCCUAAACAGAUAGCAAACGGAAAAGUAGUCUAUACAAAACUGCAGUUCGGUCACAGUGUCACCUACUCCUGUCGACGUGGUUACCGCCUCCAAGGCCCAGAGACUCUUAAAUGCCUGGCCAGCGGGGAGUGGGAUGUGGAGCCUCCUUCUUGUGUGCAGAUAUCCUGCACUCCCCCCCAACCGAUUGAUAAUGGUUUUGUCGAGGGCCAGGAUCACAGUUUCGGUGUCACUAUUUUCUACAGCUGUUUCCCUGGCUUCCAGCUGGUAGGCCAAGACCACCUGACGUGUGAGGAGUUCGGCUGGUCUAGCUCUAUCCCUAUCUGCGUGCCCUCGGACUGCGGCCUGCCUCCUCACAUCGAUUUUGGGGAGUAUGUCAGGGUGAUGGAUUCUGCUUCAAAAGACACUGGAGCUGCAACAAUGGACUUGAACUUCCUUCAUGGGACUUUGAUUGAGUACCGCUGCCACAAAGGCUACGACCUUACAAGGUACACCAGGUUGGUGUGUCAGGAGGACGGUGGGUGGAAUGGGACGGCCCCAUCAUGCGUACCAGCGGAGUGUGAAACGCCACCCAAUCCUGAGCACGGCUGGGUGAAUGUGACCGACGCCUCCCUUGGAAGUAUGGUCACAUAUACCUGUGAGGAAGGAUAUGAGCUGGAGGGGGAGCCCGUGAGGCAUUGUUUAUCAGGUACACUGUGGACUAACGAUCCCCCGGUUUGUCGACCCGUUUCCUGUGGAGACCCGGGGCCUAUCGCCAAUGGAACGGCUCACGGAGGUGAUUUUGUUUAUCCUGAGGUGAUACAUUUUGAGUGUAGUCCUGGGUUUAUCCUGAAGGGCGGUGACACUAUCACCUGCCAGUCGGAUGGAAAUUGGAAUGGACAGAAGCCUCAGUGUGAGCCAGUAAGCUGUGGUCCUCCAAAUAUCCCCAGUGAUGUUAUGUUCAAAGGCGAAGAUUACUGCUACAACAAUGAAAUAGAACUGAGCUGUCGGCCUGGUUUCCUCUUAAAAGGAAAGUCUGUAAGUGUUUGCCAGGCUGAUGGCACCUGGACUCAUGAGUCUCUUGCCUGCGUACCAGCCCGCUGUAGGAAACCCUCCCAGAUACCUAACGGCCGCGUGUUGGGAUCGGAGUCUGGCUACAGCAGCAAGGUGAAAUAUGAAUGCGAUGAAGGAUACACGCUCAUUGGAGAUCCUACACUUUUUUGUCAGUUAGAUGGACUUUGGGACAAGCUGCCACCCCGCUGUGACGUCAUCAGCUGUGAUCCACCCGAGGACAUCAGUCACGGCUUCCUGAAUGGCUCCAGCUUUAACUACGACGAUGUGGUGGAGUACGUGUGCUUCGAUGGCUAUGAAGUAGUUGGAGAUCCUAUCCUGAGGUGUUCCGCCCAAGGCCUCUGGGUCGGCACCGUUCCUCAGUGCCAGCCGUGUGUGUGUGCGUCCCCCGUAGUUAGGUUUGGGGUCGUUCUUGGCCAAGGCCGCGCCUGCGGGGACCGAGUACAAUUCCACUGUAACGACGGCUACAGGUUACUGGGUCCUUCUCAAGCGGUGUGUGAGAAGGGAGGGGUGUGGAGUCCAGGGGUGCCACUGUGUGGCCGGGGGAGGUGCAACGUCACUCCGCCGACAGUUCCUAACGCUGUCAUGCAGGGUGCCAGGACCACCGGUCCAGACACAGCUAUAUACAGGUGUCUGCCCGGCUAUCAGCAAAGAGGCUCCCCAUAUCUCUCAUGUGUCAGAGACGGCAGGUGGGGGGAACCCAAGAUCAGCUGUGAGCCUGUGAGUUGUGGAAGACCACCAGUGGUAGCCCACGCUCAGGUGGUGGGAGGCGUCUUCACCUUCCCAAACCAGAUCGUAUACAGGUGUGAUGAAGGAUAUAAACUGGCCACGCAGACGGACUCUCUGUCCUGCCAGAGCGACGGCACCUGGUCCAAACACAGCAUCCGGUGCCAGCCCACCCCCUGCCCGCUACCCACCAAUUCCUCCGUUCCCCGUUUGCUAAUCACCGGGAAGGAGCUCACUCCUGUUGGAGGCACCAUCGCCCUCUCGUGCCCUCCUGGCUUCUACCUGCAGGGGUCAGCAGCAGCAGAGUGUCAGGCGGGUGGAGGCUGGGCUCCAAGCAUCACGUCAGUGUCCUGUGAGAUGGUGGCGUGUGGGAAACCCCCUCCUCUUCUCCACGGUGUCACUGAAGGCGACAGCUACAACUACGGAGACUUUGUGGUCUACUCCUGCCUGCCCGGCUUUGACAUGAAGGGAAACUCUAUCCAGACCUGCCAGGGAGACAGAACGUGGAGCGGCACUCAGCCAGUGUGUGUUGCCUCUGCGGGACACUCCUGUGGGCCGCCUCCCUUUGUAAAAGACGCAGAGAUCCAGACAACGGGAGAAACUCACCUGCACAACAUCAGCUAUGUGUGUCAUGCUGGGCUGCAGCUCGUUGGCCCCAAGACUCUCACCUGUCAGGCCGAUGGCACGUGGAGCCUGCCAGCGCCCACGUGUGAAGUGUCCAGAGGCUGCGACAGCCCCAAACAGGUGCUGCACGGUACAGUACAGGAGCACAACCUUCACUCUGGCCGUGCUGUCCAGUUCCAGUGUGAUAAAGGCUACAACCUCGUGGGGGAUCGGCUGGUUGUGUGUUUGGGGGGCAACGCCUGGAGCUCCACGUUCCCCACCUGCCAACCGAAGUCUUGCCCGGCCCCUCCGGGCUGGAGGGAGGACGGCAGAGGGAACGGAUCCCAGCAGGAGUUUCGCGUCGGGCAGUCGGUCCGUGUUUCCUGCCCUAAAGGUCAGCAGGUGAAAGGCAGCGGAACCAUCACCUGCAGGCCAGACCAGACCUGGAGCCCCACCAGCUCCGUGUGUGAAAGGGUGUCCUGCGGCCCCCCCCUCCACGUGGCCAACGGGGUGGUGCGGGGGGCGGUGUUCCAGUUCGGGGACGUGGCGGCGUACUCGUGUUUUGGCGGCUACGCCAUGGAGGGCGUCGGGAGGAGCAGGUGUCUGGAGAACGGCACCUGGACGCCGCCCCCCACAUGCAGAGCUGUGUGUUGGCUGCACUGUCAGAACGGAGGUGUGUGUCAGCGGCCCAACACCUGCUCCUGCCCCGAGGGCUGGAUGGGUCGACUCUGCGAGGAGCCCAUCUGCAUCCUGCCGUGCCUGAACGGAGGCCACUGUGUGGCGCCCUACCAGUGCGACUGUCCCGCCGGGUGGACGGGCACGCGCUGUCACACUGCCGUGUGUUCGUCACCUUGUCUGAACGGAGGCAGAUGCAUCAGGCCGAACCGAUGCAGCUGUAGUUCGGGUUGGAGUGGACACGACUGCUCGAGGAAGAGGAAAUCAGUCUACUAUCACUUCUAAAGGAUCCACUCAGCUCCAUGUGAAUCAUCUUAUGAAGGGAACUGUUGUAUAGUGAACUGACGCACUUGUCAACCAUUCACUCUGCUCUCUCCGCAAAGGCAAAGAACCAUAUUGUAAAUUAAAGCUGUAUUUUUUCAUAUAGAGACUCAACAGUAUUAAGUCAUAUGCUGCUAUAUACUUGUACGAUGUGUAAAAACUAUUGAUGUGAUGGUCCGAUGUAUAUGUGUAAACUAUUCUCAUAUUUUUAUUCAAAUACCAUUAAAUUCUCUCUUUCCUUCA